AUGGAGUCCCUUGAAGCUAUUUCCACAAAGAGGUUCAAACAAGAGAUCGCAUUAAGGGAGGAGAUGAGAAAGAAUUUUGCGGCCCUCAUCAAGAGGUUUGAUCAAUUUCUCGCACGCCGACAAGGAGAUGGCAAACUCCAUAGGGAGAUUGGCAGAUCCAUCUCAAUGGAGAAUAAGCUUGUAGAACGACAAGUAGCCACUAGCAAGUUCAAGUUCGUCAAGGACAAAUUGAAGUGCGAUCAGGCUAGUAGCAGACCUUCACCUGGCCCUCCCAAGAUGUCAGUUGAGCAACCUACACAUCAGCGACAGCCGCCGUGCCACUGGCGAGCAUGCCACACCCAUCGACCCCCACCAUGGCUGUUGUCCAAGUUGAGGCGCUGCAUGAAGCAAGCUUGCUGCAGGUCAUCGCCUCGAAUAGCAUCGCCGCUAUACAAGACGUCAAAGAGGAUGAAGCCAUUAGCAAAAGCGCUACUUGCGAGCUCAUUGACCCAAAAAAAAAAAAGGGCACAGGUAACAUUUGGUACCAGAGCCAGCCGAUCCUACGACAAUGGACACUCGAAUGGUCCGCAUCGAAGCCUUGCUUCGGCAAGAUGCGCAAGGGACCGCAAGCUUCAGGCAGGAGAUGCAGGAGAGUUUUGCGGCUCUCAUCGCAAGAUUCGAUCGAUUCUCGACCAAUGA